AUGUUUAACCUUAGUCAAAUGCAAAAGCAAACGCGAAAACGGGGCAAGAACUUUGUCCUCUCCGAAGAGAUUAAGCUGCUGGAGCUCCUCGAACCCUAUAAGCACAUCAUCGACAACAAGAAUUCCGAUGCGGCCACUUGCCAGUUGAAAAAGGAAACCUGGGAGAAGUUGGCCCACCUGUUCUCCACCCAAACUGGCUCGAAACGCACCUGGAGAACCCUGAAGGAUAAAUACAAGAACAUGAACACCAAGCUCAAGACCGAGGGAACAAUGAUUCCCCGCAUUCUUAAGACGGAGGACUUUGAUCCAGUCAGCAGUUGUGUGUCUGUCGUGUAUGAGGAUUCCGAUCCAGACAACUCAUUGGAUAACGAACGACAGGAUUACCAAGACGAUGGGGUUGAAAACUUAACUAUUCAAACAGAUUCAAUCGAUCAGGGACCUUUCUAUGAAAUUCCCGAGGGGAAUCCCCCAGAAGUCCAGACCAUUAAGAAAAAACCACCAAGAAGAUUUAUUAUAAGUAAACGGAACAAGAAGAGAUUACUGGACAAUGAGCAAAUUACGUUGAUUCGACUUCAGCAGAGGUUCUAUUACAACGAAAACAUAAGAUCUGGGGAGAAACAUCGCCUGGAGCUAAGGUCAAUUAGUCUGAAGAACGAACUCUUGGAACUAGAAAUAGAGGAGAAGCGUCGACGCAUUAGGAAUGAUCAACAAAAUUAA